UCCCCCUUUUUCCUCAUGUUUGGACGUGAGGCCAGGUACCCUACGGAGGUUCCCGAGGAGUAUUUGGUGACAAAUGAUGGUGUGGAGGCUCUUAUUGCCCAGGAGACCCAACCUGUUGGAAUGAAGAGCCUCCCUGCCCACUACAGAAGGGCUCAAGCCAACAUGGGGAAAGUGAGGGAAAAGAUCAAGAGAAAGAGAGAGGAGAUUGGUCAUGACGACCAUUUUAAAGUUGGCCAAAAGGUGAUGAGGGCAAACAUACGCCAGGAGCAGAGAAAGGGGGGGAAAAUGGAGACCUCCAUGCUCGGCCCCUUCACGAUCGUGAAAUUGGAGGGGAAAAGCGCGGAUCUAGUCACGCCGAAAAGUAAAGUGAUUCAUAAAGUCAACAUUGACCAAUUAAGCCCAUAUAUUGGGCCUACGCCGCGCAUCCCCCACAAAUGGAUCACGAAUCCCUCCAGCACCCUCAGUUCCAGUCCUGUCCCCCUCACCUCAAGUCGCCUCAACCUCAGCACCCUCAGUUCCAGUCCCGUCCCCCUCAUCUCCAGUGGCCUCACCCUCAUCUCCAGCCCCAUCAUCUCCAGCCCUGUCACCCUCAUCUCCAGCCGCCUCACCGUCACCCCCAUCUGCAACAGUGUGUGUCCCUUCAGACAUUUUGGAAACAGGUAA